GAAGAUACGACGGGUCAAAUGGACGCGACGGGCUCCCGCCCCGAAAAGCCUUCUUGGGAAAAGCGCAUCCGUGGCCGGGACUCUCAGUCAGAAAAACCCGCGCGGCAAUUACACACCCAAGACUCUUAUUCUGAAAAGCAUCCCGAACAAAUACACAAUCGGGAGUCUUAUUUUGAAAAGUUACCCGAACAAAUAGCCGGUGAGAACUCUUAUUCUGAAAAGCCCAGGGAACCAUUCCACAGCGAGGACUCUUAUUCUGAAAGGCAUCCCGAACAAAAACACAAUCGGGAGUCUUACUUUGAAAAGUUACCUGAGCAAAUAGACGGUGACAACUCUUACUCUGAAAAGCCCAUGGAACCAUUACACACCGAGGACUCUCCUUUUGAAAAGCUACCCGAACAAAUGGACGAUGAGAACUCUUAUUCUGAAAAGCCCACGGAAUUAUUACACACCGGUGACUCUUACUUUAAAAUGCAUCCCGAACAAAUACACAACUUUGACUUUUAUUCUGAAAAUCCCACGGAACCAUUAAACACCGAGGAUUCUUAUUCUGAAAGGCAUCCCGAACAAAUACACAAUCGGGAGUCUUAUUUCGAAAAGUUACCCGAACAAAUUGACGGUGAGAACUCUUAUUCUGAAAAGCCCACGGAACCAUUGCACACCGAUGACUCUUUUUCUGAAAGGCAUCCCGAACAAAUACACAAUCGGGAGUCUUAUUUCGAAAAGUUACCCGAACAAAUUGACGGUGAGAACUCUUAUUCUGAAAAGCCCACGGAACCAUUCCACACUGGUGACUCUGAUUCUGACAGGCAUCCUGAACCAAUACACAAUUGCGACUUUUAUUUUGAAAAGUUACACGAACAAAUAGACGGUGAGAACUCUUAUUCUGAAAAGCCCACGGAACCAUUACACACAGAGGACUCUUAUUCUGAAAGGCAUCCCGAACAAAUACACAACCGUGACUUUUAUCUUGAAAAGUUACCCGGACAAAUAGACAGUGAGAACUCUUAUUCUGAAAAGCCCACGGAACACUUUCACACCGGCGACUCUUAUUCUGAAAGGCAUCCCGAACAAAUACACAAUAGCGACUUUUAUUCUGAAAAGCCGACGGAACCAUUACACACCGAGGACUCUUAUUCUGAAGAGCUGCCUGAAAAAAUACACAAUCAAGAGUCUUCCUUUGAAAAGUUACCCGAACAAAUAGAUGGUGAGAACUCUUAUUCUGAAAAGCCCACAGAAUCAUUGCACACCGAGGACUCUUAUUCUGAAUGGCAUCCCGAACAAAUACACAAUCGGGAGUCUUAUUUCGAAAAGUUACCCGAACAAAUAGCCGGUGAGAACUCUUAUUCUGAAAAGCCCACGGAACAAUUCCACACCGAGGACUCUUAUUCUGAAAGGCAUCCCGAACAAAUGGACUCUAUGGGCUCUUCUUGUCCAAAUUUAACAGCAGCACACCUGCGCACCGAAGACUCUUCUUCUGAAAAGGUCCCGGCGCAAAUACGCAACGAGGACUCUCAUGGUGAAAACGUCGCCGAGCAAAUAUGCACCGAGAGCUCCCCUUUAGUGAGGCUUCCAGAACAAGUACGCAACGGGGACUUUGAUGGGCGAGAGCGGGCGACCCCCCCGCACGCGGACACCCGCGACUCACGUCGCCCAAAACCUCCGCAAGAGAUGCGGGCUGCCGCGCAUUCUUCUUCCGAAAAGCCGCCAGAAGACAGACACCGCCCGGACUCCGAUUCCGCAACGCCGACCGAACAAACGCGCGCCGAAGACUCUUCUGCCGAAAGCGCCGUCGAACGCGGGCACGGCGCCGACUCUUUUUCGGAAAACACUCGUCGCGAAAAGCCCGACGAACGCCGGCGCGCCGACGUCUCCGUUCGGGAGCGGCUUCCUAAAGAAACCGACGCGGGAGUCGAGCGGUCCCGUCCCGGCGACUCGCUCCCCCGACGCAGACACGGCGAGAAGGCUUCCCGACAGACCUGUUCCGAAGCCUUUCACGCCGACGACGAAAGGAAAUCCCCGCACGCAGACUCUCCGCAAGGCCUCGCUUCCUUCCGCUCCAGCUUCGGCGGGAUGCUCCUGCGCUCUGGAGUUGUCGCUUUGCCUGGAAGUCGAGAUCGAAACGGGCGCGCUCUCCUGACGGUGGACGCCGGGGCGGGUGCCGUGUGGUCCCACCCCGAAUGCCGCGGCGGCGAGCUGCUCCGCCUGAUGCGCUACUACGUCUCCACGCUCGGGUCACGUCACAUGACUCCAUUGACAAGUCGGGCGCGCGUGCAGGAGGAGGUUCCGGGCCGCGUGGGCCGCGUGUUGGCGCUGAUGGACGAGGAUUCCGACUCAGCCCUGCGUGUGGACCCGCCCGCUCAGGUGGAGGUCGUGACCUCGCUCGAGUGCCUCGCUCGGCACGUGGAUGCCCAUCAGCUUCCGCCAGAGUUGGGCGGUUCUUACCGCUUCAGUCACGGCGACUGGUUGGCCUUCCGAUCGAGAGUGGAGCAGCUGGGCAGGCAGUGUGAAGAUGUCAUCGAGCUGCUGCGGAAGAACAUUGCCAUCAUGGAGGACACGCGCCUCCCUGACACGCAACAGGAGGCCGAGCGGCAGCUGUCCGUCUAUCGGGAGUUGAUGGGCGAGGUCCUGGCAGACGGCCGCCUGGCGCGCCUGCAGCGGGAGGGCGUCGCCUCGCUGUCGCUGCUGCUGCGGGAGCGCGGCGGCCCGUCGGAGGAGCGGCGCGCGCGGGCCUCCGCCGCCUUUGCACAGGUGAGCUCGUGGAUGGAGGGGGAGGGCGAGCCGCGGCUCCGCCGUCUGGACCGCUCGGAGGACUCGCCGGAGGCGCUCCGCCGGAACUUUGAAGACUUCCGCUCCUCGGCACGCGCUCGUUUGGAGGAAGGCGAGGCGGCGCUGCGGCGCCUGGAGCGCUGGCGCGACGCCGGGCCUUCGGAUUUGCGCGCCCACUGGCUGCGAGUGGGCUCGCUGCGGGCUCAGCUGGAGGAUUUCCGCCGGCGCAUCGCCGCCGCCGAGCGCAACGUCCGCAAGCGUCUGGCGCUCGACCGCUUCCUGGAUCACGCGUGCGGCCGGGCCGUCGAGAGCCGCCACCGUCUGGCCGCCGAGGGGGACGCGCCGGCAGAGGAGCGGCGCGCCGCCCUGGACGAGCACCGGCGACGGCAUCCUCCCAUCGCGGAGGCCGCCUUCCGGGAGAUGACGUCGCUGGCCAACGAGCUGCGGGACGAGCGCGGCGCGCGGCGGCUGAGCUUCGCCCGCGCCGCGUUCGACGAGAAGAUGGCCGACGCGCGCCCCCGCUCGAGCUCCGUCUCCGCCGAGACCCUGCCGGCCGCCGGCCGCUUCGAUCGUCCCGCCGCCCCGCAGGCUUGCCGCUCGGGCCCGUCGGCGGCCCGCGGCCCGAGCGAGCCGGCGCGCAGAGGAAACACGGGCGUGUUCAUCCGAGGUUUGGAGGUCAGCGGCGCCGAGGCGGGCCGGCGCAGCCUCCGGGCGGGGACCGAGAGUUCGCCGGCGGAAGGUGACGGAAGGAAGUUGCGUCACAUUGUGGAGGAAAUGGUGACAACGGAGCGCGAGUACGUGCGCUCGCUGCGUUACGUGAUCGCUCACUACUUCCCCGAGAUGGAGCGCGCCGACCUCCCGCAGGACCUGCGCGGCAAACGCUCGGUGGUCUUCGGGAACCUGGAGAAGCUUCUGGACUUCCACGCUCACAUCUUCCUCCAGGAACUGGAGGCCUGCUGGAAACAUCCGCUGCGAGUGGCCCACUGCUUCCUCAGACACCAGGAGCAGUUCGGCCUGUACGCCCUGUACAGCAAAAACAAGCCCAAGUCCGACGCUCUGCUGGCCAGUCGCGGGCUCGCCUUCUUCAAGAGGAAGCAGCGCGAGCUGGGCGACAGGAUGGACUUGUGCUCGUACCUGCUGAAGCCGGUUCAGCGAAUGAGCAAGUACGCGCUGCUGCUGGACGACCUCAUCAAGGAAGCGGGCGCGGCGCAAGAGGCGGAGCGGACCUCGCUGCGGACGGCCCUCGCCGCCGUCAAGUUCCAGCUGCGCCACGGCAACGACCUCCUCGCCAUGGACGCCAUCCGCCGCUGCGACGUCGACCUGAAGGAGCAGGGUCGGCUCCUGCGCCAGGACCGCUUCACCGUCUGGAGCGGGAGGAGGAAGCGCGACAGGCGGGUCUUCCUCUUUGACGAGCUGCUGCUCCUCAGCAAGGCCAAGAAGAUGGACGGGGGCCUCGACGUCUUUGAGUACAAGCGCUCCUUCAAGACUUCGGAUUUGGGCCUGACGGAGUCGAAGGGGGACGACGGCCUCCGCUUUGAGAUUUGGUUCCGAAGGAGGACGGCCAAGAACCAGACCCUGACCCUGCAGGCCGCCAGCGCCGACGUCAAGUGCGCCUGGACGCGCGAGCUGGCCGCCAUCCUGUGGACGCAGGCCACCAGGAACAAAGAGGCGCGUCUGAAGGAGAUGCUGUCCAUGGGGGUGGGCGACAAGCCUUAUUUGGACAUCCGGCCCAGCGCCGCCGCCAUCAGCGACCGGGCCGUCCGCGACGUCGCCAGGAUACGAGGUGCCAGGAUGCGAGCGUCCAUCGCCGUCUCGGCCUCCGAUUGCGCCGCCCCUUUCUCCUCCGACCCCUCGUCGGCCGGCCUGCUGGGCUCCCUCGACCUGCACGUGAUGCGCUCCCGGACGUCGGGGGGCGACGUCGAGGAAGACGAGCUGGAACGCGACACCGCCAGCCAGCGCUCCGUCACCACCGACAGUUCGGGCUCGUCGUCGCGCUGCCAGUCGGGGUCGACCGGCUCCGACUCCGGGUGCGUCUCCUCCACGCCGCGGGACCCGAGCUCCGCCUCCUCGGGCUCCUCCCACAAAGCCGGGGCGGCGCCCGUCGGCGGCCCGACGACCUCCGUGUGAGCGACGGUCGCCCGUCCUCUUCGGAACGAGGGGCGCUUCGUGCGGACGACGUGCGCCGUCGCCGGGGCGACCGAUACGACAAAGGUUCCGAAAGCUUCGACUCGAUGCCCGUUCCUGACUGCACGGCCGUUUCGUGGCUGCGGCGACUUUUUUUUGUCGUCUGUUCAUGCGCCUGCACUUUUUUCCACACGAAUGAGUUGAAAAAUAAAUAAAUAUUUU